AUGGCCACCCGGGCCGACCCGAGCGCCUGCUGUGCGGCCACGCCUGUAAUGUCACGCAAGUCGUCCACCUCGGCCACCACGGCCACACCCUCCACCUCCACCACCACCACCUCCUCGUCGGCGCCAGGGAGUGAGGCCCUGGCCCGACUGCCCAAGGCCACCAUGUACGAGCGGUCGUACAUGCAUCGGACGCCUGUGGCAGCACUCGCCGUCUCCCACACCGACUACCUCAUCACUGCCUCCCAGGAUGGCGUGGUCAAGUUCUGGUACAAGACGCCUGCAGGCAUCGAGUUUGUCAAGCAGUACAAGGCUCUCUCGGCAUCGCUCCGGGCUCUGGCCGUCUCUGUCUGCGGGAGGCGGCUGGUGGUGGUGGGCGAGUCGGCUGAGCAUGCUCAUGGCCAUGUCGUCAAGCUCUUUGACAUUGUCAACUUUGACAUGAUCGCCAUCGUCAAGCUCCCUUUUGUCGUCCUCACCGCCGCCUUUGUCUCGCCGCUCCUCGCAGGCUCGCCCGUCCUGGCCCUCGCCGAUGUCAAUGCCGCAGAGCCUGGCGUGUGGCUUCUGGAUCCGGCUGCGCCCGAUCCGCUCGCCUCGCUCCACCGCCUUCGCCUCCCGCACACCGCGCCCAUCACCGCCCUCGCCUACAACGCCGCCUUUGACGCCGUCGUCUCGGUCGACAUGGCCGGCGGCAUCGAGACCUGGUCGCCCGUCGAUGGCGCCACCCCCGACUACCUCGACUACGAACUCAAGAGCGACACCGCUCUCUACGCCCUCGCUGACGCCGGCGCGGUCGCCACCUCGCUCGCCGUCUCGCCCAACGGCAAGCUCUUCGCCAUCAUGGCCUCGGACCGCCACGUCCGCGUCUUCCGCUUCCUCUCCGGCAAGCUCUACCGUGAGUACGACGAGUCACUCGCCGUCGUCGCCCGCGCCCAGCAGACUCCGGCCUCGCCUUACGUCCUCGACAACAUCGACUUUGGCCGUCGCUUUGCCCUCGAAAAGGCACUCGACAACGAGGCCGCCGCCGCCGCCGCCGCCCUCGCCGCCGCCGUCGCCGCCGGCGACUCGCUCCCGCCGCCCGGCCCGCCGCCUUCCAACGCCGUCUUUGAUGCCUCCUCGCGCUUCCUCCUCUACCCGACUCUCGCCGGCGUCAAGGUCGUCAACCUCCGCUCGAAUCGCGUCGAGCGCCUGUUGGGCAAGGUCGAGUCGUCCGAGCGCUUCCUCGCCCUCACCCUCUUCCAGGGCGCGCCCAAGCUUGUCCGCAUCGGCGCAGGCUCGUCCGCCAUGGCCACCGUCCGCAACGACGACGACGCCCACGAGGACCCCACCCUUUUUGCUGCUGCUUACGGCAAACCGCGGUUCUACCUCUUCACCUCGCGCGAGCCUGUCCUCGACACCGACGACGCCGACGACGCUCGCGACGUCUUUAACGAGAAGCCCACCCGCGAGGAGCUCGUCACCGUCGUCGGCGCCGCCGGGCAGGCCACCGGCUCGGCUGCCGGCCCGGCCGCCGUCGUCCUCCACACCACCAUGGGCGACGUCCACCUCGAGCUCUACCCGGACGCCGCUCCCAAGGCCGUCAAGAACUUUACCACCCACUGCGCGGAUGGGUACUACGACGGCGUCGUCUUCCAUCGCGUCAUCAAAUCGUUCAUGAUCCAGACCGGCGACCCCGAUGGCGACGGCACUGGCGGCGAGUCCAUCUGGGGCGCAGACUUUGCCGACGAGUUUGUGCCCACCCUCAAGCACGACGCCCCGGGUGUCCUCUCCAUGGCCAACGCCGGGCCUAACACCAACGCCUCGCAGUUCUUUAUCACAACCGUCCCCACCCCCUGGCUCGACGGCAAGCACACCAUCUUUGGCCGCGUCACAAAGGGCCUGGACGUCGUCCUCGCCAUCGAAAAGGUGCCUGUCGACGACUCGUCGCGCCCGCUCAAUCCCAUUUCCAUCGUCUCCACCACCAUCCCGUCGUAGCCCUGUAAAGGCUGGCGCGCU